AUGCCGAGAAAGCUGCCCUGGCUGAGCAAGGCGGCUUCGAGACCUACGAAAAGAGAACCAAUCGACGACAACAACGAUGACGACGACGACGACGAUGAUGAUGAUGAGAGACUAUUUUCAGGGACUGUUUCUGCGCCUCCGCGAAAAGGGAAAUCACAGGCGAAACACCUAGAUUCUGACGAUGGGUUUUCAGAGAUUCCUUUUGCGGUGCGAACAAAGAAGACACGAUUACUGUCAGAUCAUGCACCCUCUUCCUCUCCCCAGCCUGCUGUCUCAGAGCUGCCCCCACUUAAACGAGACGGUAUCGACGAAUCUCACCUUCACGAUGACGAAUGGAUGAUGGUUGAAGACGAGCUCCUCCAAACCGCCAAACUAUUCACUCGACACCUACAUUUAGCCGAAUAUGAACGACUGAAGAACAAACUGCAAACGAGAAAGAAAACUCCCCGCCCAGUGGUUGCAAAUGCAAGGCCUUCAUUAGAGGGUCAGCUGAAGGCAAAAGCUCAUGCACCAAGUAAGGCCCAGAGAAAGGCGCUGAAAGACGACUUCAUGUCUUCAAAGAAACAUAGACAUGAAGAUAUCUUAGAUACGUUGAUACUAGCCCCCGCAAAACCAAGCCGUGUUGGACCGGCCGUUCUUAGCAGAUCGGCGACGCAUCCUCCAGUCUUACCUCUGUCGUUCAUAGACUCUCAACCUCCACAUGGCUUCUCUAGUUCUGACCUUUCCGAAGAUGACGACCUGGAUGUACCAAGACGUUCGAAGCCACCCUCCAAAAAAGCAUCUGCUAGCCCAUCACAGAGUAAAUUUGUGUCCAAGCCAGGAUCCUUUACAAAGCCUCCGCUACCCUCCAAUCCUCGGCCAGCAACAUCGAGGGUCAACUUGCUCGACGACUUCUCCCUAACAAAGAGAUCGCCAUCGCCCGCAAAGGUCUUCGAUACUUCGAGUGGCAUGGCCACCCAGUCCACGAAUGUCUCCGAGCCUCCGGUAGCCUACCAGUCUCACCCCAGAACGCGAUCAACAGCUUCCCGUCCUACAUUCGACCUCCUGAAUUCCCUCGACUUUCCGGGUAGCGUGCCAGUGCUCAAAGAGCAAGCAGAACGCCUCGCCAAACGAAAGGCUGAAAAGGGGGGGAAGGACCUGGAACAAGAGAAAAGGAAGUCUGUUAAGUUGGAUGAUAUACCAACGUUUCUCUUCUAG